GCCGCCGACACCGCUGAACCGCCAUGCAUGAGAGUAAGCAGAAGCUGGUCCAAAUCCUCAUGGUGAAUGGAGCGUUGAUCGACACGGAAUUCAAGUCCACGUGCGAGGAAUUGUUUGACCAAGAGUUUUCCCAGCAUGACCUAGACGAGCUGCGAGAAUCCAUCGCGAAGGAGCUCCGAAGUUAUUCCUUGGACAUCAAGCAAACCAUGUACGACAACGGACACAUGUAUAUUGGCGUUGUCAACUUGAGUAACGACAGUUUGGCUGCGAUGAGUUCCAACUUCAAGCCAUGGGAAAUUGUGUUCUUUCGCAAGGCGAUUGUACACAUCGUCGAAAAUGAGGACGGAGAAAUUGAUCGCUUGGAGUUGUCCAAUUUGCGCGACGGAACCAACAAAGUGUCCGAAGUCCGCGCGUUGGUCGACCAAUUGCUCCAGCAAAAGUGGUUGGCUUUCAGUAUUUUCAACGACGAUCAGAUCACCCUCGGCAUCCGUGCCUUCUUGGAGCUUAGCGUGUUCAUCCGUGGCCUUGGGGUGCUGGAAUGCAUGAUUUGCCACGCCGAUGUGUUGCAGGUACGAUCAAUUUCUCCCAUGAUGUGCCGCUGACCAUAAGGACAGUGUGUGCGGUGCAAGACGCGCGACUGCCCCACCCGAGUCCAUGAAUCCUGCCUUCAAGAGCAUCAGAAGGGUGGUCGGGCCUACCACUGCGCAACAUGCCGCAAGCCGCUGCGAUGAAGCACAGCAUGUGAUUGAUGGGAGUGGCAGGAUUUCUGAAUGGGAGAGAGAUACCUCGUUAAGUGCGCUUUUAUAUAAUUAUUGCCUUCAAAUACUAAAUUCAAG